UGUUUCAAAUCCAUGGGAAAAUACCAGAAAAAAGGAAAAUGUUCUCUAUUUUUCUUUAAGAUUCAUUUUAGCACCUAAAAUGUAUGAGAUUCCAAAAUUUCAUCUGAGCAUGACGCAAUUGAUGCUUGAUGAUGCUGAAUAUGCAAUACCUGCAGUCAACCAAUUACCAUCGCUGGAAAGCAUCCUCAAAGAACCAGACUGUGGUUCCCUUUCAGGGACGGAUGAUGACUGCCUUGGUGCUGUUUCCGUUGAUAAAUUGGGUAGCAGCGAGACGGCGAGUGUCGGCAGUCUUUUGUCGCUUAAUUCCUUAAACAGAGGUCUCAGGCCACCUCAACUUCCGCCAACAGGAGCUAUUCUUAGGCAUGUUAUCCUCAAAGGAAUAUCUGCCCAGAUUGUUUCCGCAAGUGAACGAGUUAAUGCAGGAUUGGCAAGCGCAGUUGCCGCAGGUGGAAAUAUGCUAGUAAUUGGAACAAGCCAUGGUCUCGUGCUUGGUUUUGAUUCCACACAAACUCUUCGAUGGUGCGAUCAAGAAGCCCGUCAUCAGGGCUCUGUGUCAGCUCUAUGUUUCAAUCACGACGGCAGCAGACUUCUUGCCGGCUUUGCUCGAGGACAUAUCCUCAUGAUUGACAGUUCGAACGGCAAAGUUUUAAGAACCCUAACAGAAGUUCAUCCACCCGGGACUGCUGUUCUCCAUGUUAAAUUUACAGAUUCCCCGACACUGGCACUUUGCAGUGACAGCGGAGGUUCGGUAUUCGAGCUCAGUUUUACACGUGUCAUGGGUGUCCGUGGCUGUGACAGCAAGUGUUUGUUCAGUGGUUCUCGAGGCGAAGUUUGCACCCUCGAGCCGCUUCUUUUGAAUCAUCUUCCGUCGCAUCCGUUGAAAAAUUACACUCUAGUUGCACUCGCAACUCUAUCCAAAGUUAUUGUAGUUUGCAUUAGACCGAGAAUGAGAGUUGUUCUGACACAUCCUUUGUCCGGAACUUCAAUCGCGCCACCUCAAGUGUCGUGGCAAUUAGUCGUUAUUCAAGCGGCCGAUGCAUCGAGGGUCAUCGACCCUGUGCUCGCAUUAGCGAGGGACAUGACUGUCCACUUCUAUCAGGUUUGUUCCGAGGCUGGUUCGCGGGUCAGGCUUUUACCUCUUCGAAGAGUUGUUUUGUCGUACACGAUAAGCAAUCUGAGGUGGUUAAAUGCCCGAUCCCUCGCCAUCCUCGACACGCAGGAACGUCUGCAUCUUUUGGAUGUACGAACACAGGAUAAUCUCGAAACAUUGGACAUGAGUCGAGUGGGAAUAUCGUACGCUUCGAGUCAUUUCAAAGGUUUAUCCACCGGAGGCAAUGUUUCCAAGGCAAUGGCUCUAGCCGGUGAACGGGCUUGUUACAAUACCGUCAUCACUUUCGGAACGCAAUUAUUGUUACUCGGUACAAAAAGUUUACAUGCUGUUUGCAUUAGGACGUGGACCGAAAGAUUGAGACAUUUAACUAUGCAGCGGCGUUUCCCCGAAGCUUUAGCUCUAGGUUUAUCAUUCUAUCAAGACAAAGGUAAAGCUGUUGUGGGUUUGCGAGGUUCUAAGCAACGAAGAAAACAGAUCGCGCGUGACAAGGUUUGUCAGGUUUUGAUUCAAUACAUGGAAGAAUUGAAUCAGUGUUCGAUCGAAGACACCACGGAUUGCGAUAUAGUUACAACCUGCGUCGACUACUGCGUUCAAUUGGAAAACACCGAAUUACUUUUCGGCAGACUUUGGGACCUUGUGUCCGAAUCAGAGAGCCUUAAAGCUGCUUAUCUUAGAGCACUCGAACCUCCCCUCUUGGAUGGCAGUCUUGUACCUCGAUUACCACCUCUGAUCGCGCAACACUUAGUGGCACUAUAUGAUCAUGAAGAAAGAAUGGAAUCUCUUCAAGCUAUUGCUGUUCUUCUCGAAGUCGAUUGUCUCGAUAUCCAUCAGGUUACAACGAUUUGCAGACAACGCUGUUUAUGGGAAGCCUUGAUUCACCUCCAGACCUCUGCGUUAUGUGACUUUACUGCUCCGAUCCAUCAACUGGUGCCCCUUCUUCAAACAUUUAUCACAAAUUCAACGUGGAAAGAGACUUUGCCUAGAGAUUGUAUAAGACUCGGGAACGCUCUCCUCGUUUAUGCCAGCUGCUGUUUAGCUGGCCGAGCUUUUCCACGCGGUGAAUUACCCGACGGUCUUCCACAACGAGCCAAGGCCGAAGUACUCAGAGCCCUGCUCUCGCAACAUUCCAGUCUCGCGAGUGAUUCCGAGCGACAAUAUCCAUAUCUUCGAACCCUUUUGCGUUUCGAUGCGCGUGGUUUUCUCGAUGUAAUUGCGAUAGCUUUCCAAGAAAUUGAAUUCAAGACGGAAAUGGGUUUACGACAGCGACAAAGACUCGUUGACAUAUUGUUGGGAAUCGUUGUCCCAACGACUCCUCUUAGCCCUGAUAAUCCAGACUAUUUGACCGACGACCAAAAAGCCACGGUUCUCGUAUUCGUUGCCAACGAAGUCGCCGAAGGAAAUGUCAGUCUGGAACCGAGCGUUUUGAAUCGACUCGUCGAAGUUCUUACCAGCGACAGUGCUAACUUUACCACCGGCACUUCCAACGUCACCAGGGAUCGGAAAAUCGAACGCGAAAAUGCUCUUCUUAAACUUUUACAUUUUAAAAAACUCGCUGGCAUUACUGACAACACUCUUUUGAAUCUUGCUCAGAGAGCCAAUUUUUUACGAGUCGCUGAGUUACUCUACAGUGCACGUGACGAUUGGACAGCAGUGUGCCGUUGUCUGAUCGCCGAUACGUACCGACAUCACGAGAUUUGGCCGUGGUUAGAAAGUCUGCCAUCUUCGUCGUUCCAACACGUAGUUUUAGCCCAAGCCUCACCACUCGUGAAGAUCGAUGCAGCGAAACUCGCGUCUCUAAUUGCCACAAAAGCUUCCACCAAAUUCACUAAAAUCCUUGAAAGACUGAGUAAUGAAAGUACGUGCUUGGAAUAUUCGCUCCUUUCGGCGUUGUACAAUAUCACGAAUUACCGGGAGGACGAAGAGGAGGAUAAGAAACUCGAAUUGAGCACUGAACAAUUGGAAAACUUUUUGUCUCUCAUGUGCCAACAUGAACCCGACAAAGUCGUGAGUCAUAUGAAUUCUCAUCACGGCUGCCGACUCGACGAGGCACUGAGAAUCGUUCGCGAAAUGGGUCAUCGCGAAGCUGAGGCUGUGAUGCUCGAGAAACUCGGCAAUUACCAGGAAGCUUUUGAUCUUCUGCUUUCGGAACUCCACGAACAUCUUCGCAUUUACCACUGCGAAGACGCAACUGAUGGUGACGCAGUGAGAUCAACCAUCCAAUUGUCAGGUUUGUGCCGUAGAUCCGCUGGGAAUCUUGAUUGGAUGCCUCUUGUUGAAGCGGUUUUACAACCACAAUCUGACGACAAUGAUCAAAAAGUCGAAAGAUUACGAGGAAAACUGCUGAAAAUCGUUCUGGAAACGUUGAGCGGUACAACUGCUCUCUCCACCGUUCUGGAGCAGAUAUUGAAACAUCCAUUGGCAACGAGUGGCACGAUAGGCGACAUAAGGCAAUUAUUAACCGGAGUAUUGACCCACUCGCGAUACGAACAGGUGCUCGUCGAAACAACAGCGAAUUUAGUGAGCUUGGAGCUUCAUGAGACUCUGAAAAAAUCCUUACGCGACGCAGGUCGUGCGUACGCUAGUAAAUCACAAAUUUGUCCAGUUUGUCGACAAACCUUGAUUCAGUGCGCAGAUUACACGAUACUUUUUGGUUGCGGUCACGUUUUUCAUGCCGGUUGCCUCGGCGAAUCAAAAAUGUGUGUAAAAUGCCGAAGCGAUAAAGGAUGGGCGCCUCCGGCGACAAAUGUUUCAGAAGUUCCACGACCCCGACCUCCCGAACGACGACCAAUUCUACCGCCCGCUUUUAUGCGUCGUAGAGAUCUGACUUUGAGGGUCGGAGCUCCGACGGUUUUACCAGAUCUCGAAGGUAUUUUUUAAUCUAGUCCACAAGAAAUUGGUUCGACGAACAAUCGCAUCAUCAUUUCCAUUGUGACGAAUGCGUGAACGAUCGUAUCGAUUUUUUUUUUACCUUGAAUACUGAUUUUCCUUCGGACGAUUGCUCACGAUCACUGCAUUUUUCCGUACACCCGAGUCUGACGGAAUAAAUAACGAAAAAAGGUGCUCUCGGGAAUAAACCAGUUCCGCAAAAGUCAUCUAAAUCACUUUCCAGUAGCAGUAGCAUUUGUCAAUACUCAGAUUAUCAAGUUCUACGACAAAUAUAUUUGUAUAAUUGUAAAUUAUUGUAUAACUAGGCCCGGCUUUUUCUCUCAGAGUUAAUACAUUUAAAAAAAAAUUAAACAGAGGACGACAUGAAAAUAUGAAAAACCGCGGCCCAACUGUAUUAUAAUUAAUUAUAAAUAAUUAUUGUUUAUACACACACAAAAGAUGUCAUCGAUUUAACGAGAAAUAUUGUAGAAAAAAAUUGUUUAUUGUUUUAAAGAUGAAGUCUAAACUCUAUACGUGGAAUUACGUGAACGACAUAUAAAUAAAAAAAAAGAGUAAGAAGAG